AUGGCAUCGCCAUCUGCCUCAUCCUACGGCUCCGGGACGCCCCCGCCACAAUCAACACCAUUAUCCCCUAAGUAUCUCUUUGGAGGAGACAGGCGAUGGGAUUCCUCUCAGUGGACAGACUCCGAUGACCGCGUGCGCGGUGGUCGCUCACAGUCCCAUCUGACGGUUAGCCGCGUGGGCGCUGCAACUCGUGCCGAGUUCUCCGGACACCUGGACACCUCCGCCCUGGGCGGCGCAGGCUUCGCGUCACAGCGCACGGUCGACGACCUUUGCUGCUGGGACCUGUCAGGCUAUGAGUCCCUCACGCUAGACGUUGCCGAGGCCGACGAGAAGCGCUACACCCUCAUCCUCAAGGACACGAUCCUGUCUCGACGUGACGACGGUCGCGAGCAGAGCACCGUGAGCUGGGAGUAUGACUUCACCGUCGGCACCGUCGGCGGGAACGCGGGUAGCACGACGGUUGUGAUGCCCCUGGCCGACUUCCAGCCGACGUAUCGGGGCCGACCGAAACCCGACGCUACGCCGCUUGACCUCUCCAAGGUCAAGAGGAUCACCUUCAUGAUGCGCAGGUAA